CAUCCUUAUAUAAAGUGUAUCACAGCCUACAGUGAACAAAUCUGAUACAUGUUAACUAUAAGGAAAUACACACAGAUGUUCUUAAAAUGAAGCGUGAACUAUUGUUGACAUUUGCGUUGUGUUUUAAAGUUCUGUGUAUUUGCGAGUGGAAAGAAGAUCGGGAAACGAAAUGGAAUUCUAGUGCUGAAAGUUGGCUGGAGUUUCAUGUCAACUAUUGUGGAAUGUAUUGUGACGGGUUGAAGUUAGAAAUACUAAAGCAAGACUGUGAAAACAUAACGCCAUGUUUCCCAUGUGACUGUGAUCCUGACUGUGAUAUAUACGACACAUGCUGUCCACUUUUGGUCAACAAUUCUUAUGUAGAACCUUCUUUUCAUACCAUAGACCACUUACCAAAUCCUGUCAGAUUUCAAUGUAAAAGUAUUCCGAAGGUUUCUAAGGAAGGAGCAUAUUAUAUUAUUUCAGACUGUGAUCUAACUUUUUUAUCUAAAAGCUACAAACUCUCCAACGCAAAGAGGAAUAUUAGUACCACAUGUCGAAAUCCAAAAACAAAAACGCUGGAUGAUAUAACUCCAUAUACAGACAUUUAUUAUGGUAUUGUGUUCGCGAAUAAAUUCUGUGCAAUGUGCAAUGGAUAUGUUAUAAAUGACAGCACUACUUACUAUGGCAAUAACCUUACAUUCAAGAUAGCAAGACCGUGGACUAUUGAGAUUUCGUGUAAACAUUAUCAAAACUUGUAUCAUUUAACAAACGAAUAUGAAUUUUUCUUUGCUGCUGCUAAGUCGUCUCAAUGCAAGAUAACUUUGAAUCCACCACCAAGUAAAAUACCUCCCAAAGUUUGCAGCGAGAGGCUUGAUAAAAAAUUAAAACAUGUUUGUACACAUCAAGACUCAGUGGAAGAUCAAAUGUGUCAGAAUUUGCCGAGACGCAAAUACCUUCAGGCUGGACUAAUGACCAACAUGGCCAACAUUUUUUGUUUCCUUUGCAAUGGCUUACUUAGGCAAUCGUGCACUGUUUACGAUACAAACAUUUCGUGUGGUGUUUCUGGUAAUGUAAAUAUUGAUGAGAGAAUGCAGUUUCCAAAGCCACCAAUGAAAAUGCUUUUGACUUUCAAGAAACGAAAUCAUUUUGAAAAUGAUAAUACUUGCAGCUCACCACUGGACUGGCUAGACUUCCAGGGAGAAUGUCAAGCGGCAAACUGCACAGCUGGGAAAAUUCCAUCCAAGGACGGCCAGUGUAUUACUGCACUAAACGGGAUCCGUGGUCUUGCCUACAAAUUGGCCUUGACAUUAACGCCUCAAGACAAGGUCGUGAUAACAGAAUCAGAAAUUGCAGACUUGAACACUGCUGUGUACCAAAAGUUGAGAUCUCUAUCCAGUAGAAUGGAAAUGUCCUAUGAGGGUACCAUGGAAAUACUGGUCAACGGCUCUAAGAUUUUGCUUUCUAACACAAUUAUGGCUGACAUUUUAGCAGACGAUGAAAAGAAUCGAGAUGAGUUUGAGAGUGAAAUGAUUCAGAUUGUGACACGAUCCUGGGAGUUUACUCUAGCGUCAUUUAAAAAGCCUAAUAUCACACUAAAUCUCUUGCUCGGAUCAGAAUACCACAAACCAGAUCUUCAAAACUUUUCACCGCUUUUAGACCUAUCAACUAUACUGUACGGAAUGACUAUACCCGAGCUUAUACCUUACGACAGCGAUUUUCUACCAAAACCAUGGCCGGAUUGUUGUGACUCAAUUGACGUGACUUUUACAUUACUAUGUCCUUACGUCGCCGUAAACAUCACGAAUAUAACAGUCAACAUGCUUGACAUUCACCUGUCAUUUAACUAUGAUGGGCGUGUCAUCGAGGUUGUGGGUGGUCCUAAUAUUUCAGUCGUCAAUGGAGAACUUCAUAUCUGUUUGGAGACGUUUAAAACGCUGAUAAAAACGAAUCCAGUUCAAAACCCUGCUGAUAUCGCGCUGUAUUACUUCCAGAUUGUUUGCAUCUUGUUUUCUGUUGUUUGUCUCGUGAUGUCUCUGGUUACGUAUCUUUUAUUUUCUUCUCUGAGAACACUUCCGGGGUUAAAUAAUAUGUGUCUUUGUUUAUCUAUGUUAUGCGCGCAGGUAAGUCUGCUGCUAACAGUAGAGUUUGGGGUUAAAGGGCAACUUCCGCCCGAGCUGUGUAUGUUUCAUGCUAUAUUUCUUCAUUUUAGCUGGUUGGCCUCUUUCGCCUGGAUGAGUGGCUGCUGCAUCCACAUGUUUCUUGCGUUCACUUCAUACACUUCGCGGAGAAAUGAUGUCACUUCCGAUCUGCGGAGACACAUCCGGUUUUGCGUUUACGGCUUCGGUGUUCCGCUUCUCAUUGCGGUUGCGAAUGUGGGCGUUAACGCUAGUUUGACUUCCGGGCAGUCAAUAGGUUAUGAUGACACUAUAUGUUUCCUGGACACACGUAGGUCUGCUCUCACGAUUGUACUGACCUUACUUGUUCCACUAGGCGCUACGGUCUUCAGCAACGGGGUUUUGUUCACCUUGACCUUACGUGAAAUGAUUCACGUCGCCAAAAUACAGAAGGAGGCGACCGGGACAGAAGGUCAAGGCGUCAUGACCUACGUCAAGUUGUCCACACUAACAGGAGUCUUCUGCAUUGUCGCAGCCGUGGCGGUCUGGCUGGAUAACAUUGUUCUCCAGUUCUUGACCUGUCCACUUAUGACGCUACAAGGCGUCUUCAUCUUUUUCUCCUUCAUAUUCAACAAAAGAGUUGGCAACAUGUAUUACGACUUGUUUGGUCUGCAUCGUCUGGGAGCAGUCUUCACUACUCAAAGCAGUAGCAACCAAUCAGGCAGCGGGAAACCAAUAAAGUCAACGAAUCGAAAUCAAAUUCAAUAUUCUCAGUCAACAUCUAGCACUAAAAUAUAGAAACUUAUUAUAUGAAGUAUCGAUUAAACAGGGCGCUAUUUCUGUCACAAUCCCAAGAAAACUUCAAAAUUGUGAAUAUCCAAGAAGUAGCAGUCGAACAAUGAUUUUGUUUUGAAAUAGCCUCUGUUGGAUAGUAUCCGUACCAUUGUUUGAAAUGUGAAAGUAAAGAUUUUAAAAAUAACUUGGUCACCUAUUAAAUCACAAUGUGAGUUUGGCCUUCUGUCGUAGAACAACUUGGGUUCAUCCCAGACUAUUCGUUAUAGAAGGCCUCAGCACUGACCUGCUACGUCACAACCUGUGGGCAAUGUAGACCAAUAGCUCGUUGUACAGACCUGUGACAUUGCAACGAGCUAUUGGUAUUCACUGCCCACAGGUUGUGACGUUGCAGGCUCAGGCCUUCUAAGACGAUUUUUUUUUUUUGUAAUUUCGCACAUAUUUUUCAUGUGAUAGUAGAUCCCUAGAGUGGACAAAAUAUAAUAAGGGGAAUAACUCCAGAUACACUGCCACAUUUCAAAAUAAGUAGCAUUUAUUUCAUUUGAUUCAUACAAACUAAAUAAUUAUUAAGUAUCAACAAUUAAUAAACUAAACUACUUAGUUAAUUUUCUGGUUGAUUCGUGUUUUGUUAGAUACAACAAAUGAUUGUGCAAAGUUUCAAAUUGAUCCGAGAAUUACGAGUAGAAAAAUUGCACCAGACAGAUAUAGUGAGUUGACAUAAGUUUUGUAAAAGUGGAUUUAUAGGUACAAAACAAUACUAAUAUGAAUAAUCAAGUUUUAAGUUUUGAUAGAUUUUAUUAUAAUUAUCAAAUUGUGCACAUUGAAUUAAGGAAAUACAUAAUGGUAGAUGUGCAGCCGAGUAGCAUAAACCUUUCUAUCAAGAGAGCUCUAGCUUAAAUCCUGACUUCAGCUGAGUUGUAUCUAUUGAUCACAUCAAAUCUAUUGUAAACUUACUUGUCUGACAAAUGAAAUACUUGUAUUUGAAAAAUAAAGAAGAAAAAACUUUUUCUAAUAGAUCUCUGCUUUAACAUU